GCCCGUCCCCUCCCCCGCCGCUGCCGCCGCCGCCGCCGCGCUGGGAGCCCCCACUCCCCAGUCGCCGUCCUCGUCGCUCGCUCCGUGCCUCCCCGCGGGCCGCUCUCCCGUCCUGACGAUGGCGCGUGGCGGCCGCGACCGCAUCCUGGGGCUCGCCCUGGGGCUGCUGCUGGCGCUGGCGCUGGCGCCCGGGGCGCUGCGGGCCAAACCCACCGUGCGCAAGGAGCGCGUGGUGCGGCCCGACUCGGAGCUGGGCGAGCGGCCGGCCGAGGACAACCAGAGCUUCCAGUACGACCACGAGGCCUUCCUGGGCAAAGAGGACUCCAAGACCUUCGACCAGCUCACCUCGGAAGAGAGCAAGGAGAGGCUGGGGAAGAUUGUUGACCGAAUUGACAGUGAUGGGGAUGGCUUUGUUACUACUGAGGAGCUGAAAACUUGGAUCAAGCGAGUGCAGAGAAGAUACAUCUACGAUAAUGUCGCUAAAGUCUGGAAGGAUUAUGAUCGGGACAAAGAUGAUAAAAUUUCCUGGGAAGAAUACAAACAAGCCACCUAUGGUUACUACCUAGGAAACCCUGAAGAGUUUCAAGAUCCUUUAGAUCAUAACACCUUUAAAAAGAUGCUGCCACGUGAUGAGAGAAGGUUCAAGGCUGCAGACCUCGAUGGUGACCAGAUAGCCACUCGGGAGGAGUUCACCGCCUUUUUGCACCCUGAGGAGUUUGAGCAUAUGAAGGAAAUUGUGGUUUUGGAAACUCUGGAGGACAUCGACAAGAAUGGGGAUGGGUUUCUGGAUCAGGACGAGUAUAUUGCGGAUAUGUUUUCCCACGAGGAGAACGGCCCUGAGCCUGACUGGGUUGUGUCAGAACGGGAGCAGUUUAAUGAGUUCCGGGAUCUGAACAAGGACGGGAAGUUGGACAAAGAUGAGAUUCGCCACUGGAUCCUCCCUCAGGACUAUGACCAUGCUCAGGCCGAGGCCAGGCACCUGGUGUAUGAGUCAGACAAAAACAAGGAUGAAAAGCUAACUAAAGAGGAGAUAUUAGACAACUGGAACAUGUUUGUCGGAAGCCAAGCUACCAAUUAUGGGGAGGAUCUCACAAAAAAUCAUGAUGAGCUUUGAUACAUACAGCAGACUCUGGGAGGCUUUCUUUUCAUGUCUGGGAUGGUUGCUACAGUUGUCUCAUUCACAAAAAAAGCAAAUUUAUAACCUCAGAUUGGGGUUAAAGUUGUUUUUCACUCAGUAUUUACUGGAAAAUCAUUAUUGCUAUUCUUUCAGUGAGACUUCUCUCCAAACACAUUAAAACCUGGGUAAAUUGCUUUGGGGAUACUUGCUAAAACAUGAUUUUUUAGCUUUUUCCAUUAAACGUAGACUAAAGGGGAAGAAAAUUUGAAAGAGCCCCUAUAUUCAGAAGUUGGGUGGGUUGGGGGCAAUAUAUGAAGCGACUGCUAUGUUAUUUUAACCGCACGUUUUUUGCAUUUGCCACUGUUCAACGGCUGGUGAGAGAAAGUUCUGAUGAAACUACAGUGGUGUCCUCCUGUGUAGGCUUAUUUCAGAGCACGUCUAAUAUUCCAGAUUCUUUCUUCUUGACUUUGUACUCUGAGCUGUCACUGUAAAUGGUAUAUGAAACCUCCGUGCAUUUUUCUGCACGGACCUGCUAAUGUGCACAACAAAUCCCUAUCUUUGUGCUUUUUGUUUUUACAUUAAGAAGCAAUCAAGAAAGAUAAUGUGAAAAAGAAAGGAAUUUUAGAGGUAGGGAAAACAUGAAUGCCAGGCAUUCAAAGAGCUAUAGGAAAAUGAUAAACACUUUAUUUUACUUGAGAACAUUUUCUUGACAUGUAAAUGAGGUAGGUCUGAUCUUUGAAAAAGUGAAUAGAAAUACCAUCCAUUUCCUCGCUGAUCACCAGUAGGAAUGAGGCUGUGGGGUCCUGGGGAAGUGCAGUGUGCGGAGCUUGAGCUCUGGAACCCGCGCCGUCUGGUCCCCGUGAAGCUGCGACCCUUGGAUCUGCCCCCCCGGGACUAUACACCGUGGAACGAGGACACGAUGAUGUUCCAGGCCAUUGGCUGAACUGGUAGAAACAACUUUUACAGGUUGACAUUUCACCUUGUAAGUAGCAAGUGAACAAAAUAAAGGAUCCCGCUGAGGAUUUUCUACUGUG